AUGUACCUUCGCGCCGUGCACGCCGAAUUCAACAUCCCCGCCCUGCGGCAUUUUAUCCGAGAGAAUCCCCUGGGGUUAUUGAUCACGUCCUUAUCGUCGCCCAAUUUUCCAACUAUACAAUGCACGCACAUCCCAUGGCUCCUCGAUGUCGAAGAUGACUCGAGCGAGACAGAACUCGGCAGACUGCGCGGACAUCUCGCAAGGCAAAAUCCGCAUUCAAAGGCGCUGAUUGAAGCCGCCACUCAAAAGCAGCAAAGUCCAUCAGAUAAUAAUAAUAAUAAUGGCACUUCCCCAUCCAGCACCGGCACCAAAAGCCUCAGGGAAGAAGUUUCCGUCAUCUUCAACGGGCCGGCACACCACUACGUGACGCCCAAAUUCUACGUCGAGACCAAACCUGCCACGGGAAAAGUCGUGCCGACGUGGAACUAUUCGGCGGUGCAAGUUUACGGGACCGCCACUGUGCAUUAUGACACUCAUCUUGAGGUAACGGGCAGAUUUCUCCAGCGGCAGAUCAGCGACCUGUCAAACCACGCCGAGACGACGGUCAUGGGUUACGAAAGACCGUGGAGCGUCGAGGACGCGCCUGAGCGGUAUAUCGAGCUGCUCAAGAAGAACAUCAUCGGGAUCGAGAUUGAAGUCACCCGCUUAGAAGGUAAGUACAAGAUGAGCCAGGAGUUGGGCAAAGCGGACCGGGAGGGCGUGAUCAAAGGGUUUGCGGCCCUCAACACCGAGGUCGGGGAUUUGGUGGCCAAGACGGUCGAGCUGAGAGGAGAGCUGAAGGACUCGCAAAAGACGGUUGGAGAGACUCGUGCUUGA